UCCGUCUGAAUUAUCUUUAGGUUAGUUCCUGUACAAUACCAAUCAUUUACCUCACAUCUCGUGUCCAGCAUGGAGGAAAGGUGCCAUUUAGAUAAAGGUCGAGUAGGACUGUCUACACUCUUAGUGACAUUUUAAAAGAAGAGACUCGUUGAAAUGUAUUAUCAUGCUGUGUUUGCAUUCUGUGUUCACACAGUAGCUUAUGAAAGAACUUCUUGGCAUGUGGCUAUCUAGUGUGACAUAAAAACUGAUUACAUGCUUCAUUACAGAGCAACACUUAGGCCUUUGUGGUGCGCAUAUCUAUGUGACACAGCAGAAAGAAAGAACAGUAGCAAUGGCAAAUCAAAUGGCAAAGGUCAAUUCAAUCAGCCCUUUAGUUUGUGACUAUAAAUUAUUUCCUUCCUUAAACUUUAAGUUAAGCUUAAAAAAAAAGGAUAAAUCCUAUGUCAAACAGCUCAAAAGUGCAAAUAAAUAGAAAAUGGUCCAAAAUUGCUUGUGAUAUUUAUUUAGCUAAAGCUAUUUUUUUUCCUCAAUAAUAUCACAAAAAAUAUUCAAUUUUCCAAAGCCUUGGCACCCAUUAAAGAUCUGCUAUUCUGAAGUUAGAAGCAGACAACUGUUCAAGCAAAAUGUCUUUCUUAUAUUCUUUUGAGCUUAAAUGAGAACAACAGCAUGACCAUGAAUUGCACAACAUCUCUCAAAAAUCUGCGGUCAGACACAUGAUAGAAAAUCAAAGAGAGUGAGAGACGGAGAGAGACAGAGAUCAAAAUCCGGUACAUCCAUUGAAUGAUUGGAACAUAUAACAAGAUGCGCUUGCCAGUGUCAUUCUAUGUGUUGUAUAUGUUGAGUGUGUUUCUAGGGUUUUUGUGUGUGAUGUUUGUGUGCCUCUGGAGUGGGAUCUGGAGAGGAGGAUUUGCUUGGAAUGGCUCUUUUCUGGAGUUUAACUGGCACCCAGUCCUUAUGCUGACAAGCCUGGUAGUGCUGUACGGCAAUGCCAUAGUGCUAUACCGGGUUCCUCUCACCUGGAGCAGGUGGUGGUGUAAGCUGACACAUGCAGGGCUGCUGUUUGUCGCAAUGGUGUUCGCAAUACUUGGCUUGUGUGCUGUCUUUGAUUUUCACCGUACCUACAACAUCCCUCACCUGUAUUCCCUUCACAGCUGGACUGGAAUCUCCACAGUGGCCCUGUUCACUUUGCAGUGGUUUGUAGGUCUGGGGGCCUUCUUAUUUCCCUGGACCCCUGUGGCAUUUAAAGCCCUCGUGAAACCGAUCCAUAUCUCAAUGGGCAUGGCGAUCUUCAUCCUGGGUCUCAUUUCCAGCCUGUCAGGGAUCAAUGAGAAACUACUCCUGACACUAAACGGGAAUAAUGGAAGUAAUACAGAACCAUAUACAGCGUUGCCUGCUGAAGCUCUGUUUGCAAACUCAUUAGGUAUUUUGGUUGCAAUUUUUGGAUUGGUGGUGCUAAAAAUUCUGUUCAAUCAGAAAUGGAAGAAUCCAGAGUUUGAGCAUGAGAGCAACAGGCCUUUGAUGGCAGAUGCAAGAUGAAGACUGAAGCAAACAAGAAAAAGGAAGAAACAUGCAGACUAUCACAAUUUAUCAUGCAAAUUACUUCCUGAUUCCUUCAUUUUAAUGAGCCAAACUAAUCAGCUGAAGGGUUGGUCUGUAUUCUGUUGCAAUAAACUGACUGCUGUCUGUUCAUCUAUUAUAUGCUGUAUUUUAUCUCGGCUGCAAAUAAACAAUAUAUCAUGUAUUAAUUAGCCCACUGAUUGUCAAUUUAAUUGAUAUGUAACAGUCAAUGUUAGAGAAAGACCUCCUCUGGUUAGGAAGAUAAUUGCAAGACACCAAAUAAAUAAA